UGUCUGGCCACCAAAAACCCAAACUUAAUUAAAGAAUUUAAUAAUUCUAAUAAUAAUUAAGCUCAGUAACCUACGCAAAGCGAGUGCGUAACCGAACCGCGAUCACUUUCGAUAUUUUGCCAUCGAAAUCAUGGUAGUGUUGGAGACGGAGAAGGCAAUCUGUGUUUUUAUGUCAAAUACGUGCGCGUGUGUGUGUGUGCUGUAAUUCCAUCGCCACUUUCGAUUCGGAGUUUGCUAGGAACAUUUGUUCGCCUUUUAUACUAGUAGACCCACCCCCCCAAAGGGAAUCAGGAUAUACUCCACAUACACUUACACCCCCCUCAAACAACCAGUCAAUACCAACAAGUUUAACGAGUUUUUUGUAUUAUCAUUACUUAGUUAUUUGGUUAUUAAAACACAAGUGAAAAGCGAACUGCAGGGAAGAUAUCAAGAAACAAUCCAAAAUCCACACACACUCGAACAGAAAUCAAAAGCUUCGCUCUCUCGCACACACACACGCACCACCACAACAACAACUAUCACAAACACCACGACAGAGAGCGGCAAGUGAAUCACGGCGAAUCUGAUCCGAAUCCUCUCCGGGAACCGAAAAAGAACUGAUCCUACCAUCAAACGCAUCCAAAAAACACGGCCGCCAACAUGCAGAGCGACUUUCACAGAAUGAAGAACUUUGCCAAUCCCAAGUCCAUGUUCAAAACCAGCGCCCCCAGCAGCGAGCAGGGUCGUCCGGAACCACCCACUCCGGCUGCCGUUCCCGCCAAGGCCGAGGUCAAGGAGGUCAAGCCCAAGGAGGAUGCCCAGGAGGCUGGUGAGCCCGCAGGAAACACUGCACCCACCAAUGCAGCCGCCGUCGCCGGCGACGAUGCCGUGCGCACCGAGCACCUGUUCAAACACCCGCUCAUGAACGUCUGGACCCUGUGGUACCUCGAAAACGAUCGGUCCAAGUCCUGGGAGGACAUGCAGAACGAGAUCACCAGCUUCGAUACCGUCGAGGACUUCUGGAGCCUAUACAACCACAUCAAGCCGCCAUCAGAGAUCAAAGUGGGCAGUGACUACUCGCUCUUCAAGAAGAACAUUCGUCCCAUGUGGGAGGAUGCUGCUAACAAGCAGGGCGGUCGCUGGGUCAUCACACUGAACAAAAGCUCCAAGAGCGAUCUGGAUAACCUAUGGCUCGAUGUGCUGCUUUGUCUGAUUGGCGAGGCAUUCGAUCACUCCGACCAGAUCUGUGGGGCUGUCGUAAACAUUCGCGCCAAGAGCAACAAGAUAUCCAUCUGGACUGCCAACGGAAACAACGAGGAAGCCGCCCUGGAGAUUGGCCACAAGCUGCGCGACGCCCUGCGUCUGGGACGCAACAACUCGCUGCAGUACCAGUUGCACAAGGACACGAUGGUCAAGCAGGGCUCCAACGUCAAAUCGAUCUACACUUUGUAGGUCCGAUCUGGUCAGAUCCCUCAGAGUUUAGUUAGUUUGUGUUGCCUUUAUUUAUGGUUAUAAACAGCAUCAGCGAUUGAUCGUAACUCUUGUCCAAGACCCGCGUAACGAAACCGAAAUGAACCCCUUUGUUAUCAAAAAUCGGCAAACAUUAAAUCGAUCCGCUUUUUGUAGUCAGUGUCAAUAAUGGAUUUAACGGAAAAGUAUAAUAAUAAAAACCUACAUUAAAACCGGAUAA